AUGAGGGAGAGAUACUCCAGCUCUGGCCUGACGUUCCCUUGUCCACACACCAAAGAGAAAGGAUCUUUGAGGACUUCAUCUGAGUGUUCAUCUGCAGCUUCUUGUGCUUUGGUUUGCACUGAAGAAGAUGUCAGAGGGCAGCUCCAGGUGAGGGAUGCCCAGAGUCUGGUGCACAUGUCCGAUGAACCAACUAAUGCAGAAGAACCAGUGAGCACAAAACCAAAGAGGAAGAAAACCCCUGAAGAGAUAGAGGCAGCCAGGGCACAAAAACAAGCAGAGAAGGCGGCCAAGGCCAAGAAACAGAGGGGUCCAAAGCCCACAAAAAAACCCAAAGGACCAAAACCAACCAAGAAACCCAAAGCGCCAAAAGCCACAAGAAAACCCAAGGCCCCAAAGAAACUGAGCAGCACAAUGGCUCCUCCAGAAGUCCGACAGACGACAGAGAGUGUGCAGCAGCCGAGCACCGCCUACAGACACUACACAUAUGCAGUGGCCACAAAUGCACCCAUAUGGGAAGAGCCGGAGGAGCCAGGUCGAGCAGCUGCAGAUGACAAAAAGCAGACCACAACCCCGGAGCCCAUCAUGUACAUACCAGAAGAAACAACAGCUGUUCCAUUUGUGGUCCCAUGGUACGAGGAAUAUGACUAUUCUGACUUGGCAGCCAAGAAGCAAGAAGAGGAGGAGAGGGAGGAGGAGAGAGCACGGAAAGAAAAAGCUGAAAAGGCUGAGCAACAACGGAAGCAGUGGGAGGAGGAAGAGGAGGAGAGACUCAGGCAGGCUGCUGUCCCAGUGGAGCCAAAAAAGUGUCCUCCAUUUGGCCUGGAGUCACACCGUGUGGAUGAUGACCAACUCCUGGCUUCGUCCCAGUCUCACCAUGGCUUUGCAGCACAGAGGGGGCGACUCAACAUGCAGGCGUCCGACAGUGAAGACGACAUGUACGGAGGAGCGUGGUGUGCUGAAGCAGAGGAGAAAAAUCACUGGUUUGAGGUGGAUGCUCGCAAAGAAGUAGAGUUUACGGGUGUGAUCACACAGGGCAGGAACUCAGAGCUGCAUGAGGACUUUGUGUCUUCUUACUAUGUGGCUUUCAGUAAUGACAGCCAUGACUGGACCGUGCUUCAUGAUGGCUAUGCCGAAUGGUUGUUUUAUGGAAAUGUGGAUAAAGACACGCCUGUGAUGAGCCAGUUCACUACACCUAUCGUCGCUCGCUACAUCCGCAUCCUUCCUCAAAGCUGGAAUGGCAGUUUGUGUCUGCGAGCCGAGGUCCUGGCCUGUCAGCUCCCAAGCAACUACCAAAGUGAGAAUGAAGUAAACCCAUCAGAUGACUUGGACUUCAGACAUCACAACUACAAAGAGAUGAGACAAAUGAUGAAAGUGAUAAAUGAAGAGUGCCCGAAUAUCACUAGAAUCUACAAUAUUGGUAAAAGCGCACAAGGACUUAAGAUAUAUGCCAUGGAAAUUACAGACAACCCAGGAGAGCACGAGACAGGCGAACCAGAGUUCCGUUACACCGCUGGGCUCCAUGGUAACGAGGCCCUGGGAAGAGAAUUGGUUCUGUUACUGAUGCAAUUUCUGUGCAAAGAGUACAACGAUGACAACCCCAGAGUGCGCCGCCUAGUGGAUGGAGUGAGAAUACACCUUGUGCCUUCAUUGAAUCCGGAUGCAUACGAGCUUGCUUUUGAAAUGGGGUCAGAGAUGGGUAACUGGGCACUGGGCCACUGGACUGAAGAAGGAUAUGACAUCUUCCAGAACUUCCCAGAUCUCAGCAGCAUCCUUUGGGCAGCAGAGGACAGAGGAUGGGUCCCUCGUGUAGUCCCAUAUAGUCACAUUCCCAUCCCAGAAAACUUUCUCAAUGGCUCUGUUGCCGUCGAAACUAAAGCAAUCAUUUCCUGGAUGGAGCGUAAUCCCUUUGUUUUAGGGGCAAAUUUACAAGGAGGAGAGAAAAUGGUUGUGUACCCUUUUGAUAUGCAAAGACCACCGAUUUCUUUAACAGACAAUCGUCGAUGGAGAUUAAAUGACGAAAUGAACGAGGAAACGUGGGUUCGUAUCCAGCUUCAGAAUCAGGGCGCUCUGCGAGAAACACCAGAUGAUUCCAUGUUUCGCUGGUUGGCCAUGUCCUACGCCCACAGCCAUCUGACCAUGACAGAGACCUACAGAGGCUCGUGCCAUGGAGACGACAUCACAGCAGGACAAGGCAUCAUCAACAGGGCCAGCUGGAAGCCUGUCGUCGGCAGCAUGAAUGAUUUCAGCUACCUCCACACAAACUGCUUCGAGUUGUCCAUCUUCCUGGGCUGUGACAAGUUUCCCCACGAGAGUGAACUUGCCCUGGAGUGGGAGAACAACCGAGAAAGUCUGCUCUCUUUUAUAGAACAGAUUCACAGAGGUAUCAAAGGAAUGGUGAAGGAUACAGAAGGAAAUCCUCUGGCCAACGCUACAGUCGCAGUGGAGGGCAUUAGGCAUGACGUCAGAACAGCGGCAGGUGGUGAUUAUUGGCGCCUGUUGAAUCCUGGUGAAUACAAAGUAACGGCGAAGGCAGACGGCUUCACUCCUCAGACCAGACUCUGCAUGGUGGGAUACGACCCUGGGGCCAGUCCAUGCAGUUUCACGUUACCCAAAUCCAACUGGGGACGCAUCAAGAAGAUCAUGGCACUCAAUGGCAACAGACCAAUUCGGCUCGUUCCCAAAAAGACGACCACCACCGCUGUCCCGAUCGUUCCCACCACAGAAAGUCACAUGGAUCCAGAGAGAGCAGAAAGACUGAAGCGCCUUCGACUGCUGCGUUUACGUCGACUUCGUUUACAAAGACUGAGAGGCAAACUUAGCACUCCUCCAACCACCACAACCACAACCACAACCACCACCACCACCACAGCGGCUCCCACCACCCCCGACAGUCAGAGCACCACUGUCUGGUAUGACCCCUGGUUUUCAGUCGACAACUGGUUAACUGAGAACCCUUUCGAUGGCUUUAAUUUAGAAUCUGCACCAACACAGGACUACCCUUUUGAGUUUUCUAUCGACUGA